UAUAUAUUCACAGUUACGCUACAUUUCCACUUCUUGUUACCGUCGCCGUGAAAUCGCCGAUUAGGGUUCUGAGCAAAAGAGUUUCUCCGCCAUGAGAGCUAAGUGGAAGAAGAAGCGAAUGAGGAGGCUGAAGAGGAAGAGACGAAAGAUGAGACAGCGAUCUAAGUAGACUCAUCUUCAAGACCUUCCCUGUUUCUGUCUUUUCGCUUAAAUCCUAAGUACUUUUGUCUGAACUUGUUUCAGUUAAGUUAUUCCUUGUUGUUGGAUUGUUAUGGAUUCUCAAUUAAUGUUAAAGCUUAAUCUAUCUACUCAGUUUAUUACGAAUAAUGUUAUUCUUGGCUUAGGUCUU